ACUGCAGCAUCCGGCAGGGCUUCACCCAUUGGAUGGCAUGAACAGAGAGAAAGACAGAAGAGAAGCAGAGAACAAGGCGUGUCACCGUGACCGUACCUCGACAUAGAAGCUGUCUUCGGUCCAAGACCUUCACAAUACCUGCAAAGUCCUCCCUUCAUCCGUCUGUCAUCUCAGAUCAGAAGAAGAGUGCAGAGUCAGACGUGACCCUCAUCUCCAGCCUUCUCUCAGUCUGUGUUGCUGUGGUGGAGAGUGUCGGGACCCAAGUGUGUUUUCAUGCAUUGGCUGCUGGUUUGAUGCACGAUGCCUCCCGCACAGCGUCAGCCGGCAGGAAGAGGGCGAAACAGGACACAUCUUCAUCUGCUGCUCUUCUUACUUAGUGUGCUACAAACACGUGGAUACAUUCAGAUCCCUCCGGAUUACACAAAUAGAAACCUCAAAGAAGCUCCAACGAUCACGACUCAGCCCAAGUCUCACACUGCUUUCACUUUGGAUGACGUCAAUCUGGCCUGUGAGGCAACUGGGAACCCCAUGCCCAGUUUCCGUUGGGUCAAAGAUGGAAAGCAGUUUGGGGAGGUUCUGCUGGGGUCUGGAAGCCGGACAGCGGGUCUAGAUGAGGAGCUGAGUUCGUAUAAUGGCUCGUACCGCUGCUAUGUGGCGAACGAGCUGGGAACGGCCGUCUCAGACCUGGUGCACCUGAUCACAGAGCCCAUCCCAACCUUGGCCAGAGAGAGGAAGCAGAAACGAAGACAGUUUGAGGAGGGAGAAAGCACAGUCCUCUACUGUAACCCCCCAGAGAGCUCUGACGCUCCCUCAAUACACUGGAUGGACAAGAAAUUGAAACACAUUCCUCUGAGUGAGCGGAUGACCAUAAGUCUGGUCGGAAACCUGUACUUUGCCAACUUAGUAGUCAAUGACAGCAGAGAAGACUUCACCUGCCAUGCCCAAUACACCACUGCCAAUGUCAUCCUGCCUAAAGAGCCCAUCGCCAUCAACGUCACAGCCUCAAAUUCAGUGGUGAAGAGCCGGCGGCCGCAGAUGGUCCAGCCCGCAGGAUCCCACAGCUCUUAUCUGGUGCUCAGGGGCCAAACGCUGACUCUAGAGUGCAUCCCAGAGGGCCUACCGACUCCAGAAGUACAGUGGAAAAAGAUGGACAGCCCUCUCUCUCCCAGCCACGUGCGGGAGCUGCAACACGGCCGAUGGCUUAAGAUUGACAGCGUGUUGGAGACGGAUGAUGGCGAGUACGUCUGCACUGCCACAAACAGCCAGGGCUCCAUCGGGCAUCACUACACCGUCACAGUCGAGGCUGCUCCUUACUGGACCAGGUUGCCUGAUGACCAGCUGUACGCCCCAGGAGAGACUGUGCGACUGCAGUGUCAGGCUGAUGGGAUACCAACCCCAAUCAUAACAUGGAGUAUCAAUGGAGUUCCUAUCACAGAGACGGAUUUGGACCCCAGACGGCUUGUGAGUUCUGGGACUCUGAUCCUGAAUAAAGUUCAGUACAGCGAUACAGCGGUCUAUCAGUGCAUGGCCACUAAUAAACACGGCAAUAUCCUGAUCAACACACACAUCCAUGUUGUUGAGCUGCCUCCUCAGAUCCUGACGGCGGACGGGCUCGUGUACAUUACCACAGCAGGGAAAACCGUCCAGCUGGAGUGCCGGACCUUCGGGUCCCCGCUACCCAAAGUGGACUGGGAGAUUGUAGACACGGGUCCAGCUCUUGCUAAUCCUAAAAUGUCUCAGAUGACCAAUGGAAGUCUUCAGAUCAGUAGCGUGAGCAAAGAGGACAGCAAAAUGUACAAAUGCUCAGUGGGAGACAGCAACGCGAGCAUCAUUGCUGAGCUGAAUGUCUUGAACAGAACUAAGAUUGUAGACCCUCCCCAGGAUCUCCGUGUUGUACGUGGAAAUGAUGCUGUUCUGCAGUGCAAAUAUACAGUGGACCACAUGUUUAAAGAUCCCACAGUUCAGUGGAAGAAGGACGGACACAAGAUCACCACAUCUUCUGAUAAGUACAUCACAUCCCAGCAUGGCCCUCUGAAGGUGAUGAAUGUUCAGAUGGAGGACACAGGAAUCUACAGCUGUGAGAUCAGCACUAAACUCGACUCAGACAGCUCCACGGGCUCCAUCACCGUAGUGGAUAAACCUGAUCCUCCUCACUCGCUGGAGUUGUCUGAGAAGAUGGACCGUAGUGUCACCCUCUCCUGGAUGCCAGGCGCUGAAAACAACAGUCCCGUAUCUGAGUUUGUUCUAGAGAUGAAAGAGGAGCAGGAUCCAGCAGGAUCGUCCCGGUGGGAGAAGUUUGAGACGGUCCCUCACGACAUCCAACACCUGGAGGUCCAUCUGGAGCCGUACAGGACGUACCACUUCCGGGUCAGCGCUGUGAAUGCCAUCGGACACAGCGAGCCCAGUCCUCCCUCGGACUCGUACAGCACCCCAGCGGCCCAACCUGAAAUGAACCCAGAAAAUGUGAAGACUGUGUCUACUGAUCCAAACUGUAUGGUCAUCACAUGGAAGGAACUGGAGCGACAGCAUUUUAAUGGACCAGGUUUUAAGUACAAGAUCUACUGGCGUCAAUCUUCAGACAGAGAUCUACACUGGAAGAGCAGCAGCGUCUCAAAUCCUCCGUUCAUCGUGAACGACACUGGGACCUUCAUCCCCUUUGAAAUUAAAGUUCAGGCAGUCAAUGACCUCGGUGCCGGACCAGAACCAGUCGCAAAGAUCGGCUACUCGGGAGAAGACCUACCUCUGGAAGGCCCCUCACAGGUGUCAGUGGUCGAGCUGAACAACACUGCGGUCAUGGUGAGAUGGAGUCCAGUCAGCACAGAAUCUGUGCGCGGACACUUGCUAGGCUACAAGAUCCAUCUGAGAAGGAAGGGUCCCAGAUCUCACAGCCGACGAGGCGACAGAACAACCCGUUCUCUCGCUACGGACAAGAACAGAGUGAUUGAGGUUUCUGGACCCAAGGUGGAGGAGGUCGUGAGCGACUUGCAGUUUUACUCGAACUAUACUCUGACAGUGGCACCUUUCAACAGCAGAGGAGAAGGUCCGCAUUCUAAUGCGUAUCACUUUAGCACUCCAGAGGGCGCUCCCGGACCGAUUUCAUCCUUGACCUUUGAGAGCCUGUCUGAGACAGAGGUCACGCUGCGCUGGGAAGCUCCACACAAACCCAACGGAGUGAUCACAGGAUAUCUGCUGCAGUACCUCGAGAUUGUGCCUGGAAGCUCGAGCCAACGGCCAGUGGAGACCAUCAAUCUGCAGGCUAUUACUGAGCACACUGUGAAGAAUCUGGAUCCUCAGAAACACUACCUCUUCUACCUUGGAGCGCGCAACACCGCUGGCGAUGGAGAGAUGAUCGUAAGGCAGGGCGCCACCUGGCUGGACGGAGAACCUCCAUCUGUGAUCAACAUGACUGCUGGAGAGACAUCGGUCAACCUCAGUUGGGUGCCAGGAGACAGACAUCGUAACUUUGCCUUUAGAUUCCGAUACAUCCAAAAAAGUGACGGUGGUUCGUGGGAAGAGUCGGAGCAGGUGAACUCCACACAGGCCUUCUAUCAGCUGCAGGGACUGAAUCCGGGUGUUUGGUACCUCCUGCAGAUCUGGCCCGGAAACACUUCCUUGGCUUUCAAAACCAACGGACCAGAGCUGCAGGAGUUGCCCAGUAGCUUUGCAACUCAGGGCUGGUUCAUCGGACUCAUCAGCGCCCUGAUCCUGCUGCUGCUGGUGCUGCUCAUUCUGUGCUACAUCAAGAAGAGCAAAGGAGGGAAGUACUCAGUGAAAGAUAAAGAGGAGGGUCAGGUGGAUGCUGGGGCCCGAACAAUGAAAGACGACGCGUUUGGAGAGUACAGAUCUCUGGAGAGUGAUAAUGAGAAGUGCUCCAUCAGUCAGCCAUCUGUCUGCGAGAGCAAACGCAGCAGUAACGACAGUCUGGCCGACUACGGAGACAGCGUUGACAUCCAGUUCAACGAGGACGGCUCCUUCAUCGGCCAGUACAGCGGACGCAAGGAUCCAAACACUCACUACAGCUCGGGCGCCACCUCUCCCGUCAAUCCCAACAUGCCUCCGCCCAGCAUCAGCUUCCCCACUUCUGUGACAGGAAUUCUGGGGCCAAAUUAACACAUGCAUGUCCCUGACCAUUUGAAUGAGAGGCACUGAUGGUAUUAGACAGGAUAUUACUAUACGACGCGAGAAACAUCAUCCAUAAACACCGCCGGCUUCACCCUCACGUAACGACACACAUGCAUAUCCGACAGACGCCAAUAAAGUGCAGGACAAUUGCUCAUAACAUUCCAUCCAAGCACUGAAAACUGUUUACAACGCUCACCUUUCUUCUUCCCAGGUUACAGCAAGUGAUGAUUGAACUGGAAGUUCUCUUGCUGAACUCCGGUAGAAUAAGGUGUAGUCGACCACAGACGCAGCCAGGAGAAUACGGCCAGUUCAGGACAGAUUUUGGCCUUGUUCACAUGGCGCACAAAUGCAACUUGUUUUAAAAAAGUGAUAUCUGUAGGAGUGACUGCCAGCACUGUCUUUUUCUGAAUCUGAUCGUUUAGAAAGCAUGGUCAAUAUUUGCUGUAUCUAGUAGAUGUCAGCACUAUGGCUUCUGCUGUACAACAAAAAAGAUAAUGUUGACAAGACACUCUGAUACCGCUCACUAUUUAGUGAAAGAGUAACACUUCUCCACACAAACAAAUGCAAUGAAACUGAAUCUGACAGAUUUAAAAAUUGGCUUUUUAAAAACAACUGUUCAGUUUCUCACUGUUCGAGCCGAGCAGAUUCGUGCUGUGUCUCUGAACAAUGCCUUAUGUAGAAAACAUCAGCUAGACACACUGCGAUGUUCCUGUGCCAUCACAGGUAACACAGUUUGAAAAGAGAAAACCCUUUCGCAUUUCAUCGUCAUUUGACGGCAUUCUUUUCCUGUUGUUUUUAGUAUAUUUUGGUUGUGUUCAUAUCAUUUUUUAUUUGAAAUACAUGUACAUACAUCAUAUAAUUAAGUUCAUAGAGACUAAUAUAUUUUGAUUUCUAAAUAUCAUCAUAUUUUUUAUUACUUUAUUUAUACAUUUGUUUCUCGACAUAUUAUGUGUAACGUUUGUAUCUUUCAUUUUUUUAUUCAUGUUUUAUAAUACAAUAUGUACGAACAAUUAUUAUCCUACCACGUCUCUCUCUGUGUCUUAAUAAUCAAAGUUCAGGGCUUUUAACAUGUAUCAUUUGUAUUGUUGCCCAAGUGUGUUAUCCAAGUAAGCUUUAUAAAUAAUGGUGUUUUUGAUGCAAUUUAUUACGUUAAAUCCCUUUGAAGUACAUACAGCCGCUGCACUAAAGCCAAAUUUUGUGAUUUUGACACUAACAUAUAUUUUUUAACUUUUUUUCCAACUAGAAUUGAUAUCCCGCAGCACAUAACAGCAUGAGAUGUAGUGCUAGGCUAGUUGAUGUAGUGUGAGGCUGUGCCCGCUGUUCUCCCGUAACGCUGAGGCUAAACCCCGUCGUGUUGCCUUACAGAGUUUGAUAACUCCCGUCUGUCAUCAGUCCAUCCGCUUGCAAAUAACAACGCUCCAGCAGUGCAAAUGAUGUACAGUAAAUUACUACUAACAAUAACAGUCCUACAAUAUAAUCUAUCACACAUUUGUCAUCAGUCGCUCUUUCUAGUGUGGGCAUUCUUUGAAAUAAAUGUAGUCGGGCUGUUCCUGUCUGUAUCUGGUGUAUUAAAGGAAAUGCCCGAGGGCCGUGAUUUCAGCUUAUGAUAAAUAGACACAUAUUGAUGGGUCUUAUUCUGAAUGUAAGUAAUCUUUUACAAUUAUUAUUUGGGAUGUUUUCACCUUUACUAUCUUUAUUAUUGUCAUUCCAUAUCCACUGUCUAUUACAGAUUUAGUGUUUAGAGCACUGGUUUCAUUGUGUUCUGGAGUGUUUGCUGUCUCUAUCCAAAGAGCAGAAACACCUCCAGACAGUGAUGAUGGCUUUGAGUUUACUACUUAAUAACAUUAUUUGUUUUAUAUGCCUCUCAUAAAGCAUCCUGAAUUGUACUGAUCAAAGUCAUGCUGCGACCGCCUGGUUAAAAUCAGAAUAUUAGGAAUAUUUACAACAAAUGUAUGUAGCCUGUGUAUGCAUUAAAAUCUAUUUUCCUACGAAAAGGACUUGAUUAAAACGGGUGGAAGUGCAGUGCAUGGCUUUAUUAGAACAGCUGUAAAAGAGCUCAAGUGAACCAUCCUUCCCAGCUUUAUGGGAUAUCUUGAUGAUGUAUGUAACCUUCUCUUACCUCUGCUUCUAUUUUUAAAUCUAAGCACUCAAAUGACAAUAAAAAGGUAGUCAGUGUGGUGUUUCAAACAAUAACUGCCUCUAUGAGUAAUAACUGAACUCUGGUGAGAGAUACGUCAUGAUGGACUAUAACUGUAAAGUAGCGGGAAUACGAGUCUAUGUGGAGGUUGUCAGCGAUGCUUCUUUAGUCCCUGUGCUGUAUCUAAAAAUACAAUAAAAUAAAAUUACAUGA